AUGGGUGCUGCAAGCCUUGCAACCGCGUCCGUUGUUGGCGCGGUGCUGUUUUACUCCAAGCUGUCUGGUAGCUCUUACCCAUCCCUACUCCUCUACCUUGGAGCUGCCUCUCUGGCCGAGAUCGCCGUGUAUGUGGUCUACCACAGCCUAAACACCCCGUUUGUCUUGGGCAAUCUGGUUCCUUUCUUAGCCGAGCCAUGGGGAUUCCCCUUGGCUCGAUGGCAGAAGGCCAUCCCCACCACCAAGAGCGGAUUCUACCGAGUAUUCUUGGGACCUUUUGAUUAUCUUAUACCCAAGAGUUCCCAGGCUGUGACUGCGGUAAUGAGCCAGCCAUACGUGUUUGAGAAGCCAGCUGCUGUUCGUGAUGGCCUCGUCGUGAGUCUUGGAGUUGGUCUGGUAGCAGCUGAAGGAGAUCAACAUCGAAAACAGAAGAAGCUUCUAACUCCCAUCUUUGGUCUUAGUCGCAACCGCCGUCUAGUUCCUCAGAUGUGGGCUAAAGCACAAGUCUUCGGCCAGAAGCUGGAAGAGAUGGUAAAAGAAGCUGGUGGCCCGACGGUCAUCCUUGUUCAUCCUCUCACUAUGGCUGCUACUCUAGACGUCAUUGGCUCGACUACUCUCGGCACUGACUUUGACUCGAUCAGGUAUCCUGAUCAGCCAAUCCUCCAAGCCUACCAAAAAGUCUUUCCAUCUCUUGAGAAUCAAAAUGCCUUUGAGAGAUUCGUCGGUGCCACUCUUCCUGCCAUCAUCUCCCCUCAUGUGCUUUUCAAAGUUCCUCUGAGACCUAUUCGCGAAUUCCACCAGGGCAUGGCAAUGUUGAAGGAGUACUGCACCAACCAAAUCCGACUGAAGAAGAAGGAGAUUGAUGCUGGCGGUGCUGAUGAUGUGGAGCUUAGAGAGAAAGAUAUUCUAUCCGCUAUCAUCGCAUCUGGUUUAACGGACGAGAACGAGCUUCUCAGUCACCUAUUGACUAUUCUUGCCGCCGGCCACGAGUCCACCGCAAUCACUUUGGCUUGGGCUCUGUUCAAGCUCGCUCAAAACCAGGAUGUCCAAGAAAAGCUCCGUGCCGAAAUCCGGGAAUCCCUGCCUCACAUGGCCUCGGAAGUUCCGACACUAGAUGAGAUCAACGGCAUGAAGUACCUUCGCUGCUUCCUCAUGGAAGUCUUCCGCCUGUACCCUGCCUUCCCUUCCAUGAUGCGCGAAGCAGCUCGUCCGACUACUGUCGGCGAUUUGCAGAUUCCCAAAGGCAAGCACAUCAUGGUCAGCCCUUAUGCGGUCAACAGGUCCCCCGAGCUGUGGGGCAAUGAUGCCGAUGAAUUCCGCGUCGAACGGUGGGAGGAGUCGUACAAUGGCGGGGCCAAGACUUCGCAGGCGUUCUUGACCUUCUCCAGUGGCCCACGUAUCUGCAUUGGCAAGGACUUUGCCACUAUUAGCUUGAAGGGUAUCACCCUCCAAUCCAGAAAGGCACUUCGUUGA